AUGAAUCACAAUCAACUCAGAAAGCGCCGGGUUCCCGGCCCCGAAGACGACUCUUCUAUAGUGCCGGGACAUCACAGCUCUUCGCCUUCAUCAUAUGCCAAUAUUCACUUCUCUACUCUUCACCCCGAGACCCAAAUCCUGAUCAACCAAGUCGCGGACCUAUACAACAUUCCUGGUUUCCGACUUCACCAAAUACUUUCCAACACUUCGCAAAUUGAAAACGCCCACAAGAGACAACGGCUUGUGUCAGGCUACUCCAUGUCGUCUCAGUACACGGGAGCUUCCUUUCCUGAGGACUACGAGGAGAAGACUCCACAAGUUGGGCAACAUGUCCUCGCCAGCGUCGAACUGGACCGUCCGUCUUCGGGGUUCCCAGGUCCUGUUGUCAACGGAUUGACCCAAGGGAUGCAGACGUUGGCCUUGGCUUUCUGUCAGAACUGUUGGAAUACAUGCACUGUUACUAAUGAUGGUUACCUGCCCCUUCCUGGGUCCGAGGCAGCCACCUUUGACUAUGGAACCAACAGUAACAGACCUUAUGAGGUUGAGAAGCCACCCUCAGCGCAGGUUUCUCAGCCAGACGUCUAUGUGCCUACGCCGGUUGUCUCCAACAACCCGAAUCCCUUUUCAGUUGGGGACUCCAGUAUGAUGGGCUCGUAUGUGUCCAGUUACCAGCCUGUGCAGGAGGACCAUAAUCAGACAAUGGUUUCUCAACAACAUGGACCUGACACAGUCGUCUACGCAAACGACGUCUCGGCACCGACUUUUUACUCUACAACACCCAGCGUUUCUGUUGUUGGUGACACCAGUUACUCUAAUCCAAACACCAUUGACCGUCGUCUGACUCCGAGGGAGGCUCUCCCACCUACAUACGGCGGUAACAUGAUGGGUAUGGUCAUGUCUCCGGCGUUGCAUACUUCCGCAUCGGUUCCCGUUACGACUGCCGGGUUUGCCAUAACUCCCACAUUCCCCAUGACCGGCGUUAAGACUGAAGAUUUGGAUGGUUCCAUGUCCAACACUCAUACCAACGCCAGUCUCGAUGUUGUCUUCCCCCAUCAGCGUCCACCGGCUUCUAAGCGCGGUCCAUUCAAGGACCAGAAGGCCCGGGAAGAGACAGCGGCAACAAGGAAGAACGGAUCAUGCAUUCGUUGUAAGAUGCAACGAGUGAGAUGCAAAACUGACCCAGAUGAUCCGAAGGGGCCAUGUCUGGGCUGCAAACCUAGAUCGAACAACAAUCAUCACAAACAACUCAUCCGCCAGCCUUGUGUACGUCACAAAAUCACGGAAUGUCAUUUCUUCAAGAAGGGCCAAGCACCUGGUUUUGAGUGGACACAGCGUUUCAACAACGGUAUCGUAGACAACAUUAACAACUGGGCGUCCACUGAGGUGAGGACUGUACGCUUGUGGGAGGGUUACACGCCGGAGAGCAUGUGGGUUCAGCUUUCUGUGCGCGAAUUCGUCCCGCAGCCGGGUGACAAACUGGAGCGGACUUGGGUCACCGAGGAUGGCGAGAGGAAGUCCGUGGCGAUCCCUACGUACGCCAUCACGAACCUGGACGAAGCACAGACGGCGUACGAAGAUUAUAUCAAGAGAGGUGUCGUUGAAUGCUUCACUUCGGUCGUCAAAAGUGUGAUGGGCGUCACGGACCAACUGAUCUACACCACCUACAACAAAGCUUGGCUACUCUCCCAAGAUCCUGCGACGCCACCAGAUGAGCGGGAGCUCUUGCUUCAGACACUGGAGUUGUGGAUGUCGGUUCGCUUGACAACAAAAUCAAUAGAGAUUGUCGGCGAAGAGACGCUCGGAAUGACCCGCGAUAUUCUGGAUAGCAGCAGCCCGCAACACGGAUGUAUCCCCCUUCCGCCCGUGAUGGGGGCUCAAUUGGACUUGGUCCUCAUCCAGCAUAUACAAACAAGACUCAGACGAGAAAUGCUGGAAAAGCUCCAGAAAAUGACGCUGCAGAAUAAGCAGAAGACUUGGCUGACAACUUACCUGGUGACAUUUAUGUUACUCCACAACAUCGCGCUCGUGACGGAUCACGAUGCUUCAUACGCCAGGAAGCAUGGGAUGAAGACGAAAUUCGCGAGAGAGUUGGAUGUCCAAGAAUACCACAUGGGAGGAACAAUUCUCCUUGCGUACUUCCACUACUGCAACAAGGGAAUCUACCCGUUUUCCGAGGAUUGCAGAGACCAGGACUUGCGGACACUGGCGCAGUUGGACGACAAUGCGGUGAAGUUUAUUCACUACACGCGCGCAAUGGCAGUGCAAAACAAACGCGAAUGGGAAGAGGUUCAACAAGCCCACCAGUACGAGCAGCCAUAUUUCUUUGUCAGUCAGCUCUUCCAGCGAGACUGGCAACCCCAAACGUGGGCAUAUUAA